CAGAAGUGGCAGCGUGGGUUGUAAUUGAUUAAGUUUAUCGGGUAAUAAAAACUUAAGUUUGCAAAUGGUUCUAAGCCUGUCUCCCUCCAAAGCAAACUUUUCGGGAUCUAGGCUCACACCAGACAUGACCGGACUUCAUGCUUUAAAGAUGGAUACGAACGUAGUGGUUUUAGGGACAGAUAACGUUGGGAAAUCUGCUCUGACAGUCCGCUUUCUAACGCGCAGAUUCAUCGGGGAGUACGGAGAUAUCGAAUCAAUUUACAGCCAUAAUGUUAUCGUAGACGGCAGAGAGAUUUCUUUCAAUAUCUGGGAUUCUCCUUAUUCACAGGAACUCCUGAGCGAGAGCUCCGCGUGUGAGAAGAGAAUUCACUGGGCGGACGGGUUUGUGCUGGUCUACAGCAUCUGCGACAGGGCCAGCUUCAACAGCGUCUCCAAGCAGGUGCAGAGCAUCAAGGCGCAGAAGGAUUACCUGGGGGUGGAGAAGGUGCCUAUCGUGAUCGUGGGCAACAAGAGAGACCUGCACCACCGCAGGACGGUGUCCAGCGAGGAGGGCCGGCUGCUGGCGCUGUCCACAGACUGCGCCUUCUAUGAGGUGUCCGCCGCCGAGAACUACCACAGCGUGCUGCUGGUGUUCCACGGGCUCGUGGAGCGGAUCCGCGAGGCCAAGACGUCCUUGAAGAAGCCGGCCGGGAUCAAGAGCAUCGUCAAGAGCAUGUCUGCGGUGUUCGCCAGGAAACGGACCGACUCCCUCUGAGAGCCGCGGUGCACGGAGAGGAAGUGGAAGAUACCCAGACGACACACGGGGCCCAAGUUACUCCUCCGCCCUCGGCACGCGACGAGAAGGCUCUCCAGUUCACGUUAUGGAGUGCUGGGAGGAAAUAUUUAAAAGGCAGGCUUGCUGGGAUUCCUGGGCUUGCACCAGCUCAGUGGGAAGGUGGGUUUUAAUCAAGAGUAAUCCUUUAAGGAUUUCCCAGGGAGCCCGGACUCCCUUGGCGGUUGUCGAGUGGCAUAAAGUGCCGCAGCAGCAGCAGACUGACUGCAUCGGAAAAGGGGGCCAGAGCACACGUUUCAGCUUCGAAAAACAUUUCUACUGUAAUCUGCAUAGCAAAUACAAAAAGCGGCAUUUAAGUUCGAAACGUUAGAUUUGAAUCACUCCAGGUGAUUGGUUUUUAAAUGCUUAAAUCGCAAAGCUUGUAUGUAUCCCGAGGAGCUGCACUUCUGUCAUGUGCAAGCAGAUGCUGUGAAGCGCAAACGACAUCAAAGUUCAGGUCAGGACUUGGACUCCUGGAGAGCUGUAGGGAAGAGGUCUGAGAUUGAGAGAAGAAUUAGCAACUGGCUAAUCCAGGUGGAGCUGUCCUGUAUUUGAGUGACCCAGAAAAGCUAACACACAGCUGGAGAGCGGUGUGGUGCAGAUAAAGGAAGAUUACUUUUGCCACUAUUUAUGAUUUACAGUGCAAAGCAUCAAUGCUGGGUGUAUGACUGACAUCACUUGUGCAAAAAUGCCCCAAACUAUUUUGUCAUUAUAUAUAAUCAUUUCAAUGUGUUCUUUUCUGAAAUAGUAUGGCUUGUGGCAACAUUUUCUUCUUUAUGUCUAAUGGCUACUCAUUUUUUUCUUCCUGGGUUGAAUUCCCUUCCUUAUCGGGAGACUGCCAUUUAACCUGUAGCCUUUCCAGGAAGCACAGAGAGCCAGUCGGGAUUUCACCCUGAAAGGGUGGCAGUCCCUCACAGGGGGUACACACGCACACACUCAUCACCUAAUCCUCUUCUGCAUGUCUCAACAACAAGCAAGGCAAAUGUGUGGGGAACAAGGAAACUCCACAGAGAUAGUGCGCCAGUGUAGAAUCAAACCCGGGACCCAAGAGCAGAACCGAUAGCAACAACUGUCAUGCUACUGUUCCACCAGCCAGUUCACAUCUGCUUGUCCUUUUUUUAGAACCUCCGGUCAGGUUAUAUUUGUAUUCACAAUCUGCUCCCGUUUGUCUACACUGGUGGUACUAAGAGCCCUCUGUGCUUUCCUGAAAUACAUUUUAUAAUGGCUUGCUAGCGUAUUGGUUCAUGUCUGUUUCGC